AUGGAAGCUGCACACGAUUCUAGCCGUGCUGGGGCUGCACAGCACGCUUCGGCAGCUCAAAGUCUUGCGAGGAUUCUGAGGGAACACAGAGAUAUUCAACGCAAUGCAUCUCCUCACUGGACAGCUGCUCCUCUUUCACUGGAGGAGCCGAGAGAAUGGCACUUCACAUUAAGAGGCCCCCCUGACUCGCCGUUCGAGGGGGGUCUGUAUCACGGGCGCAUUGUUUUGCCAAAGAAUUAUCCCUUUGCACCACCGUCGCUGAUGCUUCUCACGAGGAACGGGCGAUUUGACAUCUGUCUUAGUGCAAGCAGCCACCAUCCUGAGCUUUGGCAGCCGGCAUGGGGCAUCCGCACGCUACUUGAUGCACUGUGCGCUUUCUUCCCCACUCCGGCUCAGGGGGCCCUUCAUGCGUUAGAGGCCUCAGAGAAGGAUCGGAGACAGAUGGCAUUGGAGAGCGCCUCAUGGGUUUGUCCGGUAUGCAAAAGACCCAAUCGGCAGCUUGUGGAAGAGGGCUGUGCAGCUCCGACAGAUACCUUGCCAGAGUUGCCUGAGCAGCUCAAGGCCCAGGCGAUGCUGGCAAAGAAAGGAGACAGCCAGAAGCAGGUCGGGAAUCCUGCUGUGGUUGCCGCUCCAGCGGCUCCAACGCCGAACAUCAGCGAGAAUAGAAAUAUUGACAGCAACGCAAGCAGCGGCAGCCAUAGAAGCAGCACGCCUUCAACUGCACGAGCUGCCCAGGAAUCGCCAAGCAGCAGGAGACCUGGUCGUCCUCUACAGCGCAUACCCUUUUUGAGCCAUUUAUUUGACUUGCCAUCGAACAGAACGGAAUUUCUAAUUGCGUGGGCUGACCUGAUGCUCUUGCUGCUGCUGUUGGCGUCACUAUUGCUAUUGGGGGACCUACUGCUGCAGCCUCCGCGAUUGUCUCUACUGCAUCCGUCGCCAACUCUCAGCAGCUGA